AUGGAGACGACUCCGCAACUAUACCAGGUUCUUGGUUUUGAGGCCAGCUGCUUGACUUUCCUGUCAGAAGAGCGAUUCGCUAUAGCAGCGGGGAGACUGGUUGUGGAGAUAUCUUUAGAUACGAGGCAGCAGCGCUUUAUUCAUCACCGAGAAGCGGUGACUUGUCUGACCCACUCGUUCCAGCAAAGGCUGGGAGCAUCUGGGCAAAGAGCAGGCACGAAAUGGGCUGAAGUUCUUCUCUGGGACUCAGAGACUCUCGAGGUCUGUGCAACCUUUUCAUUCCAUGAAGUUGACGUGGAGGCUAUCAGUUUCAUUCAGGACGGUGAGGUGCUUGUGACGAUCGGCUCGGAUCGCGAUCGCACGAUGGCGAUUUGGCCAGCAGCCCGUGCCGGUGUCUUCCGCGCUGGCCGCAAGGAUGGGGCCCCCUUGGCAGUCUGCUCUGCCUUCAAAGGAGGUCAUAUUUGCGGUGUGGCCAGUGCACCAGGAGGGAGUGAGCUGCCACUCAGGUUUGCCACCUACGGUGCGCAACACGUGAAGUUCUGGCAGUCUGCCCGCUCAGCUCGCCUCAGCGCAGCAAUUGAUGGUCGCCGAGGGGCUUUUGGUUGCGAAGGGCCGCCAAAGAUGGUUGUUUGCGCUUCUUGGGUAGCACGAGACCGAUUUGUCGCUGGAGGCAGUGCCGGCGAGAUCUUCUUCUUCCACGGCAGUCGGGCUGUUCGAAAGAUGGUUUUCCAGCCCUCUCCUACAGCAUGUAUCCUGCCAGUGCGAGAGUCUCUGCUAGUACUCCAUGCAAACGGAAUCUGCACAAUGCUCAGCUCUGGCCAGACUAUAGAAAGUGAUUUCUCUACGCUUGACGGCUGGCCUGAAGCUCGCUUCAGGACGCAACUUGUUUCAGGGGCUGGCUGGAAGACUGACAGAUUGAUUCUCUCCUCGAAGACGCAUUUGGUCUUGAUAGAUUUGGCAUGUGGUGGGCUCAAGGCUAUCCGGACAUGCCAGGUGCUUGCAUCGCAGCCAAGCUUUCAAGUUACGGCGGUUGCCAUUCAUCCAGCCGAGAACUGCGUUUACACCGGUGCUUUGGACGGCGUGAUUCGCUGCUAUAGUGGCGCUGAUUUGGAGUGCCUAGAAAGUCGCAGCUUGCGGGCCUCUGCUGGUGUGACCUGCUUGGCAGUCUCGAGCAUAUCUGGCGAAGAAUCCUCAGCCUGGCUUGCCGUGGGAUGCAGUGAUUCUACCUUAUCCAUCAUGAGUGAGAAGACCCGGCAUUAUGUCCUUCGGAGGACCCUUUCUGCAAAGAAGGCCAAACUAACUUGUGCAAAGUUCUCGUCAGUAGAUAUGUCCGGGGCCCAUCCGCUAUGGCUAGCUGUCGGGACGGAGGAUGGCUGCAUCCAUACAUUCCGCUUCAAAGAGGCUACAUGUCGAGCUUCAGUAUACACAGGUGUUCACACGGGAGAAGAGACGGUCACCAAAGUGGCCACCUUGCGAGGACAUGAGGCACCGAUAUUCGAUAUAUGUUUCGCCGACACUCUGCCCUGCAAUUUUCUCCUCAGCGCCGAUCUCUCUGGCAAGCAGCUGGCCUUUGACGUUCCAAUGGCCCGCCGGCUUCCGACCUUGGCUCUUGUGCGAGAUGUUCCUUUCUGCCCGUGGACUGCCCCAGUCGGCUGGCAGAUACAGGGCUGCUGGGCUGGUCGGGAGCCAAUGAAGGCCAGUUUUCCACGACGCUUCCAUGAAAUUGUCGGCAGGAACUCAAUUGCCGUGACCAACAGCUGCAGCAUGGAGAUCUUCCCAUUUCCGUGUGUGAAGCCACCAUCCAUUGCGCCCCAACGAUUCGAGGGACCUGGGGCGGCAAUCUCUUGCUUGUGCUUUGAUACCAGCAGCGAUAGCUUGAUCGCAGCAUCAGACACG